AUGGCAUUGGCCCAGUUACUGUACCUGCUGGCUGCUUGUAGAGUAACGCUGACAUAUCCUGUGUGUGGUGUUCUUGUCCUACUCGCUGAUCUAACAUUUGUAAUCUCUACUCUCACGCUGGUGGUGAUGUCUCUGGAGAGAUAUGUAGCUGUGUGCUACCCACUGAGGCACUCUACCAUCAUUACCAUCAGAAACACAGCAGUGGCUAUCAUUGUGGUUUGGGCCUUCAGUUCACUAAACAUCAUAACGCAGGUUAUUUUACUGUUAGAUUUUCCAUUUAAAGACCUGGAGAGCCUGCAGAUGAAAGACUUGUGUGCUAAAGAAAACAUGUUUCAUAGGUCUGAUGAUUAUGACAAAGCCUACACUCUUGUGUUGUUUGUAUCAGCUAGUGUGGCAAUAAUUUCCUCUUAUAUACGUGUGAUGAUAGCAGCCAGGUCAGCCGCCACAGACAAAGCUUCAGCUCGUAAGGCUCGUAACACCCUGCUGCUGCAUCUGGUGCAGCUGGGCCUCAGUCUGUCUGCAACUAUGCACAACCCCUUGCUCAUAGCUAUCUCGAAGGUCCUAAACAGGAUUGUAUUUGUGCGCAUUCGGAUUGUUGUUUAUGUGUUUAUUAACAUCUUUCCCAGAUGUCUGAGUGCUCUGAUCUAUGGCAUCAGAGACCAGACCAUCAGACCCAUCCUCUUAUACUAUCUAUGCUGUCGCCUGAAACUCUCAGUCAUCACCGCCAGGGCUAAAUCUAUCAUGUCAGCUCAGACCAACUUCACUGUUGGACAGCGGACACGGGGAAUACUGGAAAUUGUGUUGUUUUCUGCUCCAAUUACAGUGCCAUGCUGUGUGUUUCUCUUCAUUAAUGGAACCAUGUUAUUCACCUUGAGGAGUAAAACGGUGUUUCGUGAAACCUCCCGAUACAUUCUUCUGUUUAACCUCCUUUCAGCAGACACUGUACAGAUGGCACUGAGCCAGUUACUGUACCUGCUGGCUGCUUGUAGAGUAACGCUGACAUAUCCUGUGUGUGGUGUUCUUGCCAUGCUCGCUGAUCUAACAGGUGUAAUCUCUCCUCUCACGCUGGUGGUGAUGUCUCUGGAGAGAUAUGUAGCUGUGUGCUACCCACUGAGGCACUCUACCAUCGUUACCAUCAGAAACACAGCAGUGGCUAUUAUUGUGGUUUGGGCCUUCAGUUCACUAAAUAUCCUCGCACAAGUUAUUUUAAUGUUAGAUUUUCCAUUUAAAGACCUGGAGAGCCUGCAGAUGAAACGUUUUUGUGCUAAAGAAAACAUUGUGCUUGGCCCAAGGUCUGAUGAUUAUGACAAAGCCUACACUCUUGUGUUGUUUGUAUCAGCUAGUGUGGCAAUAAUUUCCUCCUUUAUUGGUGUGAUGAUAGCAGCCAGGUCAGCCUCCACAGACAAAGCUUCAGCUCGUAAGGCUCGUAACACCCUGCUGCUGCAUCUGGUGCAGCUGGGCCUCAGUCUGUCUUCAACUAUACAGAACCCCUUGCUUAUCGCCAUCUCAAAAAUUACUGACAGAAUAACCAUCUUGCGCAUCCAGAGUAUUCUUUAUGUGUUUGUUAUUCUUUUUCCCAGAUGUCUGAGCACUCUCAUCUAUGGCAUCAGAGACAAGACCCUCAGAUCCAUCCUUGUGCACCGUCUAUGUUGUCAACUUAAACUGCCCAUCAUCCCUGCCAAGGCUGAGGUCUCACAUUGA